UGAUAAGUGCUACUUCUGUAAGGGUACUAGAGGACGGCCUUCUGGGAACGACAACGAUGACAGAUGUUGUAAGAUUGAGGAAGAUGCUGGUGCUGCAUCGGCUUCUGCUUCAUCAGGGUCAGCAAGCGAGGCACAUCCUCAAGAGGGACAACUGCGAGUACCAUUACCUCUCUUCGAAGAACCUGAGCAACGACCUAAUUUACAACAGCCUCCGAAUCCGGCUCCGGAUGCAGCGACAGUUCCCAACCUUCGCAAUAACUCACUGCCUAACUGCUUUGCCUGGCAAGAAGUGGAAGUGGAACAUCUCAAAGCGCGAUACGCGAUCACUUUGGUGGAUCUGAAGCCUAUAGUUGCUGACGCUCGGAAACUGACGAAACAUGCAUUAUUUCCGCAAACUAGUUAUCAUGUUGGAAGAAGUGGCUCAGGCUCUGCUUCUUCUGAUCAUCCUGGAAAAAGUGCCUUUACUGCAACUACAGCUUGUGGUAUAACGGCGUCUCCAUCGUCUCCAUCUUCUUCAGCUACGAUAGCAAGUCCUGCAACAACAACCACGGCUACUGCUUCCUUGAUGAACGAUACAGAAAUAGACGAUUUAUGUCGCGUCUUCGAGAAUCUCGAAGUGGGUGACUGCGUUGCGUUGCCUGACACUACUGACACAGAAACUCUAUUGGCAAUCGGUCGCUUUGUUGAGCGGCAAAAGCGGAAGUGGAACCCAUGCAAAAAUUGUGCGAAGAAGAUGCAUGCUACCUGGUGCCCGGCGAUGCCAGUACCUGGGAAGCGGAUCGCUGUUGGAGGGAACAAAAAGACUCCACAACGUGGAGACCAAGUAGAGUUGUUUGGUCAAGAUGGGAAGCUAUCUACUAAGCCAGCUUCUUCUAGUUGUUCUACUUCUGGCAGUACUUCUUCUGAAAAGCAAAAAGAGAACAACAAAUACCUCUACCAUCCGAAUCCACAGCAGUGCAUUGCAAGGCCGAGGUUUUGCUCUACUUCAUCAGUAGAUCGCGAGAGCAUGACCCGCUCAUAUGCCUUUGAAAUUCCGGAUAGCCAAAUGAUCCGAUGUAUGUUACCUGAGUGUGAAUUUGAAGCAGACACACGUGAGGCGGUACUGGAACAUAUGAGGAGUUGUAUUUGUCGGCGUUCACCGUCAUCCCUUACAACUCGAGCUGCUUCUUCGACGUCAUCUAAAGAUGCGGAGACCAAAUUUUGGGCUCCCUAUAGUUUUCUGAGGGAGAAGCGAAUGCGUCACGAGCGACGGGCAGAGCUAGAAGACCUGCGUCGAUGCUGCUCGCCGGUGAGUAGGGGUUUCGCGACCAUUGUCGGCCACAGUGCGCGCGAGCAAACGAGCAAGACGUUUUUUCUAAUUUACGGAGCAGAGCAAGAGCAAGACGCCAAGAAGAUUCCAACUUUAUCGUCCGAAGUAGAUACCAAUGGUGGAGUCGCAGAAACUACAGCACGAAACCAUCGACCAGAGGACUUGUUCACGACACGCCGUGUGCCGCAAUCGCGCGACGGAGAGGCUCGAUCUGAAGUUCAGCACGGCAAAGACGAAGUUCUUGAAAAAGUUCAAGUUGUUGAACAAAGUAGAAGAGGAGAUCAAGAUCGUGAAACUUGCGGACAAGAAGAAUACGUGUGUCUUUUACCUGGAUGUUGCAAAGUAUUUGCUUCACGAGAGGAAGUGCUAUCACAUAUGGCACAGGAUGAGCAUCUUACCAGUCCUGGACGCGCCCUGCCAGGACUAGCGAAAGGUCACCUUGAGGUCUUCUUCAGAUUUUAAGAAAUACUAGGAGACGAUGUUUCUUUCUAUCAGAUGUAGACAGCGCAUCCGUAUGCUGAAUUCCACCAUUCUCAUCGUUCUUAUUUUUAACGAUGAUCCAUAGUUGUACAUUGGUACUUUAGAACUUGCCAUUGAAUCAGAAACUUACUUAGUCGGAAAAUGCAACUGCUACUACAACUACAUGUAUUUCUUACACAUGACCAACAUGUAAAAGUGAUGAGAUUUUUGGUUACCAGAUCUUUCUGUUUCUAUAUCCACCUUGGAUGACGUACUACACUAUGGCUUACUUUGAAUUAUGCUUAUCAUCUCGCCCUAGCCCUGAUUUGUUAUUUGACUCUUAGGAGCCAGGGAAAGCUGGACCUUCUCAACUUCUCAACUUCUUCAACAAGUUCGUGCAAAUCAAUGCGUUACACUCUUUGGAUUAGAAUGUUAUUUGACUUUAGAUAAAGCUAAAAAAGAAUAUGAUGAACGUGUUCCGGGUAAUUUCGUUUCUUGUUUUGAUGUCUGUUGCUUCAGGUUUUUUGUCCGCGAUACUAGCACAAUAACGAUUCGUCUUAAGCAAUUCGUUGAAAAACUGACUUUCAAAAACAUCACUUAGAAAAUACGUUAGAGCAGUCAAAUAGAGGUAUCUUCUGAAGAUGCAAACAAGGAUUCAUAGUCGUGAAUGCUCACCUCCUCGAGGCGAGCAAAUUCCCAUCCCAAACAAGGAUGCCAUGAUCACGAUGGAUUACUUGUAGUCCUAAU